ACGCUUUGAUGGGUUUUGGGUUUUUGUGCUGCUCCUUUUUCGUAACUGGCUCUCUCCUCCUCUGCUCCACUGCUGCUCCGCCUCUGCUCGUGUGAGCCCCCAGCCUCCAUUCCUGCCUGCCUGCCUGCCUCCUGCUGCUCCUCCCCGGAUCGAAAUCGAUCUCUCCUCUUCCUCCUCCUCCUCCUCUUCUCCAUCUCUCCAGAUUCCACAAGCCACGCGGGAUAUGCUGCUCUGAUUGAUCUCUCUCCACGUCGGGUCAGGUCUUCACCCUUGAGGGAAUUGUUUUCAUUAUCUUAUCAAAAUGGAGAAAAUGCAAAAGACGCAAUCAAGGAAAUCCAGCUCAUGGUGGUGGGAUAGCCAUAUUAGUCCAAAAAGUUCUAAGUGGCUCUCCGAUAACUUAGAAGUGAUGGAGACACAGAUAAAAGAAACGCUGGAGCUUAUUGAGGAAGGAGAACCCUCUGCAGAAAAGGCUGGGGUUCUUAUUACUCACGUACAGAACUUUCAGCAGAUGUAUCGUGUUCUUGCCAAGCGAUAUGGCAAUGUGACUGGAGAAUUGCGCAAAAAUAUCCCAUCAUCUCUGCAAUCAUCUGUCUCCUUUGGCAUCUCAGAAUCAGAUUCUGAGGCACAGUCUCCUUCAUCACCAGAGCGUGACUUGCAAGAGAAGAUGUCACAAAAGCAAAAACCGCGAUCAGAUUGCUUUGAUGUUUCUAUUGGCUCUGGUAUGAGUUCUGACGUAUCCAAGAAGGGGAGUGAUGGGUCUUCAUCAUCUUCAGAAUCUGAUUUAGAGCUUGAUGAGGCUAAAGAAGAAAAUGGCAAUAGCAUUUUUUAUGCCCUAAGUCAAAAAAUUAUUGAGCUUGAGGAUGAGCUUCAUGAAGUAAGGGGUAAACUUGAUGCUUCCGAGGAAAAGAACAUGCGUUGCCAUUGUAAUUUUGGUGCUAACUCAGAACUGUCUGAACAUGAGGAAAAGCAACAGGUUUCAGAUGUGGAAACCAGUAGCCUUCAGAAGGAUCUUGAUGAAGUCAAAAGUGAAAAGGAAGCAUUGGAAGCUGUUGUAUUGGUGAACAAAGAUGAAAUUGAUAGGCUGAAGGAAUCAAUGGUAUCGGCAGCCAAGCAGUUUGAAGUUGAACUUGCGCAUCGUGAUACUGAAAUUGAUAAGUGCAAACAGGAGCUUGAGGUACUUUCGGAGAAGUAUCUGCAUGAUAUAUCUGCUCUUGAGGCUGAAAUUGGAAAGCUCCAGGGAGUCAUCAAAACCUUUGAAGACGACUUUGCAAAAAUAUCACAGGAGAAAUUGAUGCUCGAAUCUCGGGUUGAAGAGCUUGAGCAGUCAGUUAACAGCUCAAAUUAUUCGGUUUCUGAGAUGGUUAAUCUGCAAGAACUAAUGAAGGAUACACAAGCAGAAUUAGAAAAGGUUUCACAGGAGAAAGAAGUGCUCAGAGAACGUGUUCUUGAAUUUGAGCAACUUUUGGGGGACUUUGAGAAUUCAGGCAUGGAGGUUGCAAAGCUACCAGAAACCAUCAAGAACUUGGGAGCCCAGAUAGAGGGAACACUACAGGAGAAAUCAGUACUCCAGGACAGGAUUAAGGAGCUGGAGCAGGCUGUCCAUGAUUCAUUGCAGAACCAUUCACUGGAGAAGUCCUCUCUGAGUGCUGAGCUUUCAAAAUUAUCUGAAGCCAAUGCUUCUCUUGAAGCCAAGUUGGCAUCCGUGGAGGCAGAGCUCAAACAAGUUUACGACGAAAAGGCUAAUGAAUCCCUCAACAGCGAGAAGGAAAUCUCCAGGCUGAAUCAAGAACUGGCCAAUGUCAAAACCGAUCUGGAAUUGCUGUUAUCCGAGAAAUCCCUGGUGGACAACAAAGUAACCACUCUACUAACCGACAUCACAACUCGCGAUGAAAAGAUGAAGCAGAUGGAUGAUCAACUGAAUCAGCUUCAGCUUGAGCAUUCCAAGCUAAUGGCACAGGCCGAUCUUGCCCGCAAGUCCCUGUCAGAACUGCAUGCUCGGGUAUGCGAGCUCGAGAAAGAGGUAGAGAUGCAGAAGCUUGUGAUCUCUGAGAGCGCCGAGGGGAAGCGCGAGGCGAUCAGGCAACUGUGCUUCUCACUCGAGCACUACCGCAGCGGCUACCAGGAGCUGCGGCAGCUGCUGCAUGACCAGAAGAGACCACUGGUGAUGGCAACAUGAACCAAAGCUAGUGAUCCUGAUGCCAUCCUUCUCGGAUGCUUUGUGGAUGUUUUCUGUCAAUGGCAAUGCAUGCUUUCCUGUGUCUCUCUCUCUCUCUCUUCUACCAGUAGCUUGCUGCUGCUCUAUAACUUGUGCACUGUUGCUUCUCCGGCUACUAAGAAUUCUGUGUUGUGUCUUGCAAUGUGAUGGGAUAAUCAAUAUCGUUUCUUGUGUACUCUUAUAACUGUCGUCAGGUAAUGGGCAUAGUGAUGUCUAUCAAUCUAUGCUUGAUCUUUGAAAGAUGAUAUGCAUAUCAGCUGUCAACUUUGUCAAA